GCGGUCGGGAUCGCCUCUUUGUUUUCAGGUAAGUUUCAGUCACGGAAGUCUGAGAUCCACUGUCCCAGAGCCGUGGAAAGCGCGUCGUCAGAAAUGAUUUUGCCACAACUUUCCUAAUAGCAGCUGUGAUCUGAAGGGACGUAGAAGCCACCAUGGUUAACUCAGGAAUAUGCUGCACCAACCUCAAAGACAACAGGGCCCUGAUGAAGAUGGGGUUGACGCUGGUGCUGGUGGGCCACGUCAUCUUUCUUCUGGGAGCCCUGGUCCACGGCGUCGUCCUCAGAUACUUCAUUGUGAAGAUUAAGGUCCGGACUCUUAUAUUCGCUGUGUUUAACGUCACUGCCAUCGUGGAAGGCCUGAUUGGUAUUAUCAGCGGGAUAGUUGCUAUUGUCCUGUCUAAGAACAAGAAAAACAAGACCCUGAUCUGGGUUCUGUUGGUCUUCAGCUUCCUGGCAGGUUUCCUAGGAAUUGCUGCUGCCUUGGGAUUGUCAUAUUCUUUAGUUAGAGCCGUCAUCCUCAGGAAAGAGCGUGUGCUAAAGAAUUUCUGCAAAUUCUUUGAUGAAACCCCCGACCCUGCGACCAUCACAAACGAAUGCCCCUUCGAUCCGACUCGUAUCUAUGCAACCUGCAUCAUUCUUUGGAUGCCCCUCAUCAUAAUGUGCGUCGUGGAAUCAGUGUUCACCUUUCGCUGCUUUGCUGCCUGCACUUCCUUCCUGUACCUUUGCCCGUGCAGGAAGAAGCCUGUCCAGGCAAGGAGGGUUAAAGUUAAGAUUAGGGAUGAAAUCCCAAUGCCGUUUCCAGAGGAAGGAGCCGAAGAGCCCCCUGCAGAGCAGGAUGAUCUGCUGCACGGCAGAAAUAUGCAGAAUGACUGGGUUUAAUCCAGCAAAAUUGUUUUUCAUCCAACUGAACAGGAUGAAAAACUGAACAGAGAGACUCUGUUACAAUUCAAAUAUUUUGAUAUAUCUGGACUUGAGUAAGUUGAAGCAGUUGCAUUUUACCAUUUAUGCCCCUUAGUGGCAUUUGUCUUAAUGAUUUGAUGGGAUGCUGUUAUGGUUCAAAUGUGUUUUUUUUCUUUUAUCAUUUUUGUACCAUUUUAAAAUCUGCCUCAUGUACCUUCAGUUUAAAUGUCAUUGUAAAAAGAAAACUCGCAUUUCCUAUUGUUUUAAAAUAAGAUUUUAUUACAGUUGAAACCUCUGACAGGCUUUGUUCAAUCAAAAUGUUUUCAGAAUACAAAUAUAUACACAAAUCAA